AUGGAUGUAGAUGACAAUGGCGCAAAGUUCUUUGGUAUGAAUAAAUAUGAGAAUUAUGUAAAUCAAAAAAAAUCCAAAGAAAAUAAAAAUGGCAUUUCGAAGUCCAAGGGGGAGGACAUAAAUCGCGCCACUGGAGAAUACGAUCAGAUUGAUGCACACGAGGACAAUGACCAGUCGUACGAAGGAUUCGUCACCAUCUCAGACCAGUCUUCAUGUGUGAGCUCCAUUUACAAAAACGACUUUUAUGAUGACGACGAUGAGGAAGAGGUGGAGAAAAAUGCCAACCGUACCGAUGAGGACGAAAAGUUUAACUCCGUAAAUGGGACCAACCAAUCGAGCCCACCGUGUCAUCCCCAAGGUAACGCUAAAAAUAAUUCAGACGACUCCAUGUCAGAGGAGGAAUAUGCAACUUACAUAGAUCAAAAGGAAAAGUAUGUGAAUAAAAUUCUCAACAGAGACACCAACAGUUACGAAGACAACGAUGAUGAUUUUUUGGAAUCGCUCGAAAAGUCAGGAAAAAAAUUGGGGAAGAAAAACAACUGGAAGAGGCUAUUUUCCUUCAGCAAAAAUGGCCACGUGGCGGGGAGGGACGAAAGGAAUAAAUCAUCCGAGCGUAGUGAACCUGUUGAAAAAGCGGCGCGAUACGCGGAACCGGACAGUGAUCAACCGAAAAGUGCAAGUUGCACGAAUGAGAGUUCGCCAGAGGGAGAUCCUCCCGAUGGUUAUAACGAUAACCUCAAUGGUGAGAGCUCCGAUUUCGCGAGCAAGCUAGACGAAUGCAAGGAUGGCGUAGAUGACGUAGAUGAGGAAGACGACCUGUACUCCGUCAUUAGCGGGUCCGAGGGGGACAACGAAAUUUUCCUCGCCACGGAGAGAAGCAACAAAACGUGCAUGGAAGCGUCUAAAGGGGACAACGGGAUGAAGCAUACCCAACCAACAAUCCCUCAUCGCCAGGGAAAAGAAAUCCACAAUGAGGAGGAAAAUGAAAAAGGUGCAGGCUCUGCACGCGCAAAAGCAACUAGGAGGAUUAAAUUCCAGGACGAAAUGGAGCAAAAUACUGAAGUUGUUAGAGCGCUGAUACAGAAUAAUAAAAAGGAAAGGCUGGAUAGGAAGAAACAAAUUGCUGCCUCCCCCCCCGGGGUGAACACAAUUCCCAGCGAACAUGACGAAAAAAAGAGACACAGGGAAAAGGAAAAACAUUUUGAAAACAAAAAAAAUUACGAAUUUAAAAAACUCGUGUCGUCCACUAUUAAUAUGUGCCGCCCGAAAAUUAAAGGCGCAAAUGAUACGGAGGAUAUUCUAAGCAACAUGGAAAAAAUUUCGAAAAUUGUCAUACUGGAUGAGAGAAGCAGGGGAAGCGGCACGAACGAGGUGGUGGAGGAGGAGGAUGAAAGCACCAACAGUCUCUACGACGAUGUAGAUAACAUCCUGGAUGAUCGGAAAAAAAUGUACAUGAAAAAAAAAAAUGAAUAUCUUAUGAGCAAGACGAAAAGUGAGGGAUUAACAAAUGGUGUGGAGAAUGAAAAGGGGCAGCAACAGAGCAGCGGGGGAAGCUUAACCGAUGUGCAAAAAGGCACCACUGAUAGUGCCGACGCGAAACCUGCACAAGCAGAACUAACCAAUUUUAUGUACUACCUAAAUCACGACAUGAUAGAGUUAAAUGAAAAUGUUUUCAAAUUAUACCAUGGGACGUGUGAUUAUACGCAUCGGAAUUUGUGUGCAAGGAACAUCAUUAAUAUUGUGCCCCACCUGAACAACAUAUAUGAAGGUAAAAAUUUGAGCUACAUAAAGGAUUCGCCAAAUUUUCACGAAGUGUACAAAGUUGUCCCGGAGUGGAAAAACUCCUUCGAGAUGCUAAACAAGAAAGCGCAAGAAGACACAGAAGAUAUGAAAAAUGUGCUCAAAAGGAUCGAGAAUAUCCAAAAUGACUUGGACGAAUUGGGGAGAGACCUUACAGAAGAUAAAAAAGAAUUCGAAAAUAUCAAAUUUGAAACCGUACAGCAUGAAUCGAUGAUAACAAAUUUGGAGAAAAAAAAUAAAAUGCUCAUUAAGGGUGUUUUAAAAUUGGAUAACAUGUCCUUUAAGUUGAAAAAGAUACAUAAUAUAACUACAAACAAUAUGACAAAUUUUACCAUUGUAGAAAAUGUGAACAGAUUGCUAAAAUAUAUGGAUAGCUCUCUCACCGAUUAUUCGCAACUCUUCUCAGAGGAGAAAACUAUGGACAUUCUACGUUUCCAGCCGAUAGAUAAUGUGUAUAACUUUCUCACCAACACGGAUGAUGAGUCCUGCUUCAUCAUGAAUCUGCUGAAAGAAGAAUUGAAAGAAAUGAUCCUAGAGAAGAAGGAUCAAAUGCAAAAUAUCAUAAGGAGGACCAUGCUGUAUAAUGCGUACCACACAAAUAGCUACAAGGAACACAUCACCAACACGCUAAAUAAACAAAGCCUAAUGAUAAAUCGUAUUAAAUGCAAUAUCCACUGUAAUGUGAUGCUACUCUUCGAAAUGUAUGAAAAAUUUGCAAAAAAAAAUAUGAAGGUUGUAAAAAUUGGGGAAAAUCAUAUAAAAAAUUAUCUAAAUGAUGAAACGAAAGAAUCUUACAUAAUAAAAUGCGCUAAUGAUAACAAAAAAAAUAUUUCCAAAUAUUUUAACAGUAUUAAUUUUACCCGAAACAAACCAAUCAUUCAUCCUUUCUUUAUUCACUUUUGUUUAAGUGACCAUUUUGUUCGUCAUUUUAUUGCCUUUGUUCUGGAUCCUUUAUCAGACGAACACCAGAAAAAUUUUCUACAGUAUUGUUCUGUGGCCGGUUUUAACUCUCCAUUAUUUGUUGAAAAAAUUGUCAAAUUGUACAGACAAGAAGAGCAGUUCACCAAAAGUGACACCUCCUACGACUUUAGGUCAGCCUACUCCAGAAUUAGCCUCCCCGAUGUUUCAAACGUUUGUAAUAGUGCACACCCUAAUCAGCAGUAUGAACGAUGGAAUGAAGAAAAUCAGUAUUUGUUAGCGCUGAAAACGGCCUCAGAUUGCUGUUUUAAGUCACUUUUAGAGAACAACAAAUUUGAUUACCUCUCCCGCGUGGAUACGAAUAAUGCCUUCAAUUUGUUUCACUACAUCCCCGAGUCGAUAACCAACAUGAGCACCAGUUCGCCCAUUCCCAAUCACGCAAGUUAUACUCCCCUUCAUAAUAACAACAAUUUUACUUUUAACACUAGCAGUAAUGGUCCCCUCUCCUCUUUCGGAAUGACAAACUUUGGUUCUUCCAACAAGUUUGGGGUCUCUUCCCCAUUUCUUAACAACAGCACGAUGAUGAAUAAUAGUUCUUCCACGCUGAGUAGCAGUCCUAGCGGAAUGUUUGCUCAGAGCAGCGGAAGUCUAUUUCCCGGUGGGUCGUCCUCCUCGGGUGGCAUGUUCGGAAGUUUCAACACCACAUCUACCACGAGUGGCAUGAACAACCAGGCAGGUGCCCUAACAAACCAGUUUGGCAGCCUCUCCAAUCAAUUUGGUAUAUCCCCAAGCACCAACCCAAGCAACACGUUUGGAACGAACAACAUGUUUAACACGAACACCGCCAAUUCUCUAAGCACAUUUAACCAAAACAGAACCAACUCUUUUAUUGGGGGUUCAUCUGGCGGGAUGUUCGGAAGUACCAACUCGAUGGCCACUGGUGGUAAUGCAACCCAGCUAGGAAGCAGCUCCAACUUGUUCGGGGGCACUACAAACAGUUCGACCAGCAUGUUCGGAAGUAACUUCAAACAAAACGUGUCAAGCAACAUGUUUGGAAAUAAUCAAGCAGGCAAUCAAUCAGGCGGCUCGACCAGUAACCUGUUUGGAACCAGCGGAAGUGCCAACAGGGGAAAUUUCUUCAACAGCACCGGUGGCAGCAGCGCGUUAGGAAUGUCGACCAACACGAUGAAUGCAAAUACGGGACUGUUCAACCAAAGCAACAACGCCAACACAAAUUCCACCCUUUUCGGUGGCCUCUCCUCAAGUAACGCGAAUAUGUCCAAUUCGCAAUUCAUGAAAAGUGGACAAAUCGGCUCAAGUAACUUAUUCAGCAGUGGCACCAACACAGCGACCGGCAUGGGCAUGAACAUGAAUGUGAACAUGAACAGCCAAAGUAACAACAGUGGCAACAUGUUCCUUUCCCUUAACAAUCAAUCCAACAGUAAUAUGUUUGCAAGUAACAAUAAUAGUGGCACCCCAUUUGGAAAAAACAUCCUCAGUGGGGGUAGCUCUCAGUUGAAGGAUAGCAUGUUCUCAUCCUCACAACCAACCAGCAGGAACCAAAUGAUGAGUAGUAAUUUCUUUUCUGCAAAUAAGGGCACGCUCAGUACGGCAACAAAUAGUAGCACUUUCUUUUCGAACACGUCCAUGGGGAACACCUCCACGGGUGUAAACAAUAACGCGUAUUCAUUUGGGAACAAGCAAAACUUUGGAACUUCCGGCAUGAUCUCUGGAGGAAUGAACUCUAGCCAGACCAACCAAAGUGGAAACCUCUUCAAUAGGGGUGGUAUGUAUGCCGGCCAAAUGGCAACCGCUUCUGGGAACACCAAUUUUAACAACCUAAAUAACAACAGUAACAAUAAUAUUGGUAACCGAAUGGAUAAUUCCCUUUCUGCCAAUAAGUUUGGGAACUACUUCCAGAAUAAUAGCACCUCCAAAAGUAGCAUCUUUGCUACAGGUGCGAAUACCCUCUCAAGCACCAGUAACAACAGUCUGUUUCAGACAAAUUCAAGCAAUAAAAAUAGCAACGUGUUUAAUAACCCUAGUAGUAACAAUACACCCAUGGGAAGUAUGUUUGGCGGUAGUCUAACCUACGGUAGUAACGCAAACAGUUUAUCCUAUAACAAUAGCACCAAUAGAAAUGCCACGAAUAGCUUACUGACUGCACAAAGUAACAACCAGUUCAGAUCACCUGUAGGAAUGAUGACCGGAAACAACACUCUCACCAAUAGCAGUAAUAACUUGUUCCAAACGGGGAACAGUAAAUCCUCCUUCAUGUACUCAAGUGAAAAUAAAGGAAUAAGUAGCCCUACGACCUAUAGCAAUAAUUUGUUCCAAAGUGCAGGUAACAGUUUUCUCUCCAACAACAAACCUGGAAUGACAUCACCAUCCAGUAUGUCCAACAGCUUGUUCCAGAAAAGUAGCUACUCUUCCCUAAAUCAGAACAAACAAUCCAUGUCAUCGUUCAGCAGUAACAACAACAACAACAACCCUGGCAACUUCGGGUUCGCCAAUCAUAACGCCGGUAUCAUGGGUAGCGCCAACAUGGCCAACAACAGCAGCGUUAACCGGUUCCAGCAGAACAACUCGUCCAACUUCCCCUCAGUUUUCAACCAAUCUAACAAGGGCAACACCAUCUUUUCGAGGUAA